GAAUAAACGACUGCAAAUUGUAGAACUUUUCAAGAACGCUCUACAAUUGGGCACACCUUCGCUAUGUUCUCCGUCAUUACGAGGGCUGCUGUUGGCCGUGCGGUGACAGGCUCAACAAGAUGCAUGACCUCAAUACCUCCACGUAACCCGACACCAUCCUCCGCGUCGUCCUCAACACCUGCACCUGAUGAACCGUCGGGGGCUUCGGAACAGCAAGUACCUGUACAAGAGCCAGUAACCAGGCAGUCGAGCGUUCCGAGUUUGGAUUUCUCGCCAACAGAUCCGAGCGAAGGACAAGGAAGAACUGGAGCGCGGUCCUCAAAAGAUACGUUGUCCUCAGCGGACCAACAAAGACGGAAUUUCGGACGUGUCACAGCAGUCUUGUUUUUGCUGGGACUGGGGCUCAAUACGGUUUAUAUGGGCAGAGAAUGGAGUGAGGAGGAACUCAAGGCAAAGAAACUCACGAUUAAAAACGCGCCCUCUACUCGCUGGGGACGUACCAGGCAACGUUUCUCUGAUUUCUUCAGCUAUUUCAGCGAACCUGCAUGGGAUGAGCUAUUACCUCCACCUUACCCACCACCCCACGGAAAACCCUACACUCUUUUACUUUCAGUUGAUGACCUUUUAGUAACGUCAACGUGGGAUCGCCAACACGGGUGGAGAACUGCAAAACGUCCAGGGGUGGAUUAUUUCUUGGCUUACUUGUCCCAAUUUUAUGAAGUUGUUAUCUUCACGACGCAAUACUUUUAUACAGCUCAACCGAUCCUAGAUCAACUUGAUCGUUAUAAUUUCUAUAUUACUCACCGACUGUAUCGAGAGGCAACGCGCUCCCAAAACGGUCAAAUUGUCAAAGAUCUAUCGUUUCUCAAUCGUGACCUAUCAAAAGUGAUUCUACUCGAUACCGAGGCCUCUCAUGUAUCCACCCAUCCUGAAAACGCUAUUAUCAUUCCGAAGUGGAAGGGCGAUCCCAAGGACCAUGGUCUGGUCGAUAUGGUCCCUUUCUUGGAAUCUAUUGCGAUCUACAAACCUCAAGACGUACGACCUAUAUUAACGGCGUAUCAAGGGAAGAAUAUUCCUGUCGAAUACGCAAAGAAAGAAGCGGAAGGAAAAGCCAGACACAUUGAGGAGUGGAAACAAAACAAGGGAACGAAGAGCAACUCAGUCGGUAGUUUCUUCGGACUUUCGAGUACUCGCUCGGAUGCCAACGCUCCCCCUAGUUAUCUCGAGCAAAAGAGGAAAGAAUACCAGCUGACGUAUAAGGAAGAGCAGGCCUAUCUUGCCAAAAAUAAGGACUACCUCGAGAAGCUGUUGAAACAAGAACAAGAGAUGAUGGCCGCUCAAGUUCCUAAAAACCUGUGGGAAGCGAUUGAUCAGAUGAGAGGUAAUGCGCCUCCAGGGGCGAAUCCUCAUUCUCCUGACGCGUUUCCUCCUCCACCACCUCCAUCAUCUUCCUCUGGUGCAUCACGGACAUGAGGCGAGUGUUCGGGAUGGAGGUGAUGUUGUAGAUGUUGUAGAUGACCUCGGGUUGCCACAUAUCUCCUUAGGAUAUAGUAAUAAGGAACACAUAUUUACACGUGUGUUGCUGUUAAUCUCUCACCCCACUCUUUUACUUAGAAUGGCUGAGAUUAACACGAGGAUAUGGCCUUAUGGACACUGGACGCAGCAACCCACGGUCUGCUAUCAGUAUCACUUAAGUACUUACCACACAACGUAUAGGAGCGUCCUGAAACAGC